AUGAAUGCAAACCUGCAGCGUCCCGCGUCGUCAGGCGUGUGUUCCCCCACAGCGACCAUCGACUACUGCCUGAACUCGAAUCUGUGGAAUGUUGCCCUGGAAGUGAUCCGAGGUGCGUCGGAGAUGCGCGUGCGCGUCGGCAUGAGACGUUAUAUGUCUGCCAUCAGCGCAUUCGGCAAGGGUAAGCAGUGGCAGCUGGUAUUGACGUUACUGGGCGACGUGAUGGAAGCAGAGGAACCGCCAGAUGUCGUAUGCUACAGUGCUGGAAUCAGCGCUUGCGGGAGAAGCAGCCAGUGGCAGGCCGCCGUAUCAUUACUCAGAUAUGUGCGGGAGGCAACGCUGGAGCCAAAUGUAAUCUACAACGCUGGGAUGAGCGCGUGCGAGGCAGGCGGACAGUGGCAGUGGUCUCUGGCCUUGCUCAGCGAGAUGCGGGAGGCGCAUCUAGAGCCAGAUGUCAUCAGUCGCAGUGCAGGGGCCAGCGCGUGCGUGAAAGGGGGGCAGUGGCAGCGGGCGUUGUCAUUGCUCUUCGGGAUGCAGGAAGCGAAAUUUGAGCAAAACGUGAUCAGCUACAGCGUUGGGAUCAGUGCGUGCGAGGAAGGCGGACAAUGGCAGCGAGCAUUGUCACUUCUCGGCGAUAUGCGGGGGGCGACGCUGGAGCCCAACGUCAUCUUCAGCUUCAGUGCUGGACUCAGCGCGUGUGAGAAAGGCGGGCAGUGGCAGCAUGCGCUUUCCCUGCUCGGCGAAAUAUCGAAAGGGGCAAUCAAGUUAGACGCCAUCAUUUACAGUGCUUGCGUCAGCGCGUGCGAACAAGCUGGGCAGUGGCAGCAUGCAUCAGUGCUGCUCUGCGACCUCUAUGCGGCGAACCUGGAGAUGGACGUGUUCGUGCUCAACGCUGCGGUCAGAGCAUACGACAACGGUCUGCAGUGGAUUCGCGCGCUGUCGCUGCUUCGCGAGGCACAGGAGUCGAAGAUCGAGCUCGACACCAUCCUACUACAAUGCUGGGAUCAGCGCGUGCGAGAAAUCCUGGCAGUGGCAACAUGCGCUGUUAUUACUUUGCGAAGCGGUGAAUGUGGAGCUGAGCGGGGACCUCAUCGGCUAUAA